UAUCCAGCACAAAUCUACCAUGAAGUCAUUGUAAAGAUUACAUUUACUCAAAACAAUAUUCUUGACUUUUGAGUCAAGAUAUUUGAAAACUAUUUGUGAUAUAGUAAUUAAGGCGUGAUACUAGUUUGAGAAUACAGGGCCCAAUAGAUGGCCCCCGUUUAGGUUGCCUGCAGUCAUGGUUACGGCAGCGAGCGCGAACAGACGUGUAUCGAAAGCGCGGAGCCGAAUAAAGAGCGUUUCUAAACUAUAACUGCCGUGCCUGUUGCUCGAGAUCCUGACCCCAGUCUAUUACGUAUUAACGAGCAAUUUCAAUCGCGCCGACUAGUCGCUACGCUGGAUAACGCGUCGAUCCUCUCUCAUCAUGAUCAAGGAGGAAAUGGAGCUGCACGAGGUUCGUGCCAAGAGGAUGGUGUGCCGUAGAUUUUGGUACACCCUACCAGAACGCAUAUCCAGGACGGUGGAACAUUUUUUUUAUCGGCUUGGAGUGCACAUCGCCCAAAAGCCGUACAGGUGGAUGCUCGGAUGUCUCGUGGUGGUGCUAGUCUGUCUCUUAGGCCUGCUCCGUUUCCGUCAGGAAAAGAAUCCCCUCAGGCUUUGGGUACCACCGGAUUCUGACUUCGUGAGAUCCACCGAAUGGCUGAUGUCGCACUACUCGGAGGCUCUGCGAAUUGAAACGUUUAUUCUAACUGGCGAUAAUCUCUUAGAACAGCAAACGCUUAUUAAGUUAAAUGAAAUUACUAAACAAAUGAUGACUACUCGGACACCCGAGAACAUUUCUUGGACAGAUGUUUGUAUGAGAGUUCCUGCUAUUUCUGGUUCUCUGUACAGACAGAAGAGACAAAGUUCUCUAUUGGAAGACAAUUUUUUUGAUGACGAUCACACUUCUAAUGUUAAUCAAACAUUUGAGCCGUCCAUUCAUGUUGAUAGUAAUACGUAUUGCAGUAUAAUCGAGAGUUUGCCUAUGAGUUGCCUUGUGUUUAGCAUCUUGGAUUUAUGGGAUUUUGAUAGCGACAAAAUUGAGAAAGAUUCCACAGAAGAAAUUAUCACAAAGGUAAAUACGGUAAAAGUGAGUCCCAGAUUGGGCCACACCAUGAAUUUCAGUGAACUUCUGGGAGACGUAACUCUAGAUGAGAGGGGUAGAAUCAUUGCUGCGGGAGCCAUAAGAACUGAUAUGAUGGUUCAUGUUAGUUUUCUCAAUGUAGACAUGGAUAAAAUUGGAAAUAACGCGGGGACUGCUGAUUGGGCAACAGAGGACGUAUUGAAAUGGGAAUCAGCUUACCUAGAAAAUGUAAUAAAUCUUUCGAACCAACUGCAAAGCGAGAGAAAUAUGAAUGAUUCCUUGAAGCUUUAUUACGAAGCUGGUAGAAGUUUCGGAGAUAUUUCUGCAACAUCCAUAUUUCAAGAUAUGGACAAAUUGGUUAUAGGAAGUGUAUUAAUGUUUUUAUACGUCUUAACGAUUUUGUCAAAUCAGAAUUGGGUAGAAUGGCGGUUUUGUCUCACUGGUACCGGUCUUUUGUGCGUGGGUGCUGCGUUUAUAUUUGCGGUGGGAAUAUGCUCUCUAAUCGGAAUUCCGUACGGUCCAGUGCACACGUCAUUACCAUUUAUGCUCUUGGGUUUAGGGAUAGACGAUAUUUUUGUACUUAAUGCAUCUUGGAAACAGAUACAUACCGAUGAAUCAAAUUUAAAUAAGCCACUAACAGAAAGAAUUGGACUUGCAUUGGGUCAUGCCGGUUCUGCUAUCAGUAUUACUUCACUCACCGAUGUCGUGGCAUUUAUCAUCGGUGCUUCUACAAUAUUACCUUCACUUCAAUCAUUUUGUAUUUAUGCUGCUGUGGGCGUAUUUGUGACAUUUUUAUUACAAAUCACAUUUUUUACUGCCUGCUUUACCUUGGAUGCUAGGAGAAUAGAACGGAAAAGAAAUGGGAUGUUACCAUGUAUCGUGCAUGAAAACUUUACGCCCAAGUCAUUAGACAUCAGCAAUGCAAUUUCCUGGAAAUUUAUAAACUUUUUGUAUUCGAAGAUAGUAUUGACUACGCCUGGGAAAAUUAUUAUAGUAUUAAUUACUCUUGUAACAAUGUCUAUAAGCAUUACCGGUUUGCUUCGAUUGCAACAAUGGUUUGAUCCAACAUGGUUGUUACCGAAAGAAUCGUAUUUGAAUGAAUAUAUAGCUCUCCGAUAUCAAGCAUUUCCUGAUCAAGGAUUUAAUGCUUUUGUCCUUAUGGGAGAUGAUAUUGAUUACUCCUCUGAAUUUCCUAAGAUAAUAUAUAUGACAGAACGCUUACAGAAUGCGUCUUUUAUACAAACCAUAGAACCUUGGCCGAUUGAUUUUGCGAAAUUCGUGUCAACGUAUUAUACCACAGAUUUAAGGACUACGAAGAUCGCAGACGACGAAUUCCACCACUAUCUAUCGAAAUUUCUUUUUAGUCGAGGUGGUGGUAAAUAUCAGAGAAAUUUCUUUUUUAACGAGAAGUUACGAUGUGGUAGGGAUGCCCCACGAAUCAUAUCAGCAACCAUUGACUUCAACUUUAGACAAUUUAAGGGACCUGACGAAUGGGUUCCAGCGAUGGAUAACAGUAAACUUUUAACGAACGAAGCGCAAAUUCAUGGAUACGUAACGGUGUGGAGUAAAAUGUUUGGACCUUGGACUGCCGACAAACUAAUUGGUCAAGAAGUAUCGCGAAACAUCAUCUUGGCAUUAAUCUGCGUUAUGGGUACCACAACCUUCCUGAUCGCUGAAGUGCAGACUUGUUGUUGGAUCUUACUCUGUGUACUUCUCACGCUACUAAACGUUUGUGGCUAUAUGUAUUUCUGGGGACUAACGAUAGACGUAGUGUCCUGUAUUGGUCUCGAGCUGGCUGUUGGUUUAAGUGUGGAUUACGCGGCACACGUCGCACACGCUUUCCUGAAUGCUGAGUCGCGAGAAGAUGACGAUAAUGCUCGCAGGACCCGAACAUUAACCGCAGUUAGGCACAUCGGCGCAGCGGUCGCAUAUGGAGCGGGUUCAACAUUUCUCGCCGUCUCGCUUCUGGCCUUUUCGACGUCCUACGUGUUCGUCGCUUUCUUCCGGAUAUUCUCUUUAGUAAUUAUGUUCGGGCUCUGGCACGGGCUGAUUCUGUUGCCAGUCAUAUUGAGCACUAUUGGGCCGCAGAGUUUACGUGUGAUACAACAACCGCAACCGAUGUCCGAGAAGGCCAUUGCUGCGGCUGAUGAUGAAGAUUGA